AGUAUCUAAAAUGUGUUUCAAAUAUUUCAAAGAGAUUGAAAUACGUUACUACCAGCAGCCUUUGUAAUGUGUUCCACUUGAUUGGGUUGGUCCACACGGGGUAGAGACAGACACCACCGCCUUCGUCUCACCGGUCGCUACCGCUGCCGACCGGAUCCAUCAGCAUCGCCCGCCAUGCGUCCGCGUCCACCGCUCCACCGGAUUCAGCGGCGGCGGAUCCCCGCCGCCUGCAGCUGCCUCCUGCUCCUCCUCGCCCUCCUCGUCGUCCCCACCGCCGCCGCCGCCAAGUCCUCUGGCCGCCCCAUCACCGACAAGGAGAUCCGCGAGAACAAGGCCGCCUGCUACACCGACGUCGAGAACGGGCUGUGGGGAUUCGCGUGCAGGUCGUCCACCGUGGAGAAGGAGAACUGCGUGCUGCGCUGCCUCUCGCCGGAGUGCUACAACCUCAUAUACGGCGGCGAUCCGCUCGAGGAAGGGGAGUUGGACUAUGUCCGCGGCCAUGAGUACAAGUACUGCAUGCACAAGGUAUCCCUUGGAGAAAGCUUGGAUGGAGUGAAGGGUUCCUUCAGUUAUUCAUGAAGUAUUUAUACUUUCUGGCAAUGGAGUGAACAGAGAAAUAUUCUUCAAGUCUGCUGUAAACACUAAACUGUAAUGUUUCCUAACAUAUGGUGUAUCCUUAUGUUGCAUUACGUAGUAGAUAUAUUUAUAUAAAAAUCUUAGUCACCGAUCCAACAUAUAUCUUUCCAGUGUUUUCAUUUCAUGCUGGGAAUUUUAGUAUCUAACAGUAGCUCUUAUCCGGGAAA